GGGUGUCCUGCAUGGGCUAAUUCUCUCUUGCUUAUGUUAAUGUGCAGUUUUGCUUUUGUGAGUGGAACACCGUGAUCCGUCUUCUCUGUGAUAAAACAAAAGAGUUUUUUUUUUUAACGCUCCUUCAGAGGUUCAGCUGUGCGCCCCUCACCCCCCACCCCACCCCUGCACCUUUAAGGCAAUGGAGAGGGAGAACAGCGGCUGCGGAGAAGGAGGCGAGGGUUUAUUCCACAGUGCUCUGAGGCAGGGCAGGUUUUAAGCGCAGGGACUAGUGUGCGCAGUUUGUGUGUGCGGCUGCGGGGGGAAGAUGCGUGUGCUUGUUGCUCGCCGGACGGAGAGAGGCGGCGAAGAGAGAAUGAGUUUUCAGCGCAGCUAACAAUCAACUCCAUGCGCUCUUUAAUCCUCGAAAAAAAUCCAACUUUUACGCAUUUUUUUCAUAUACUUGAGAAGACACGUUUGGCUGUUUUCAGUGCAUAGACUUCAAAUUUAUUUAUUUAUUAUUUAUUGCUUCUUUUUCUUUAUUCCUAUUUUGGAGGCUUUUGUUUUUGUUUUUUUGUUUUAAUUGCUUAACCGUGGAGUUGGUCGUGCGCAUAGGCAGUUUGUCUUAUGCGUCUCCAGCCUCUGACUCAGCAGCAGCAGCAGCGGCGGCACAGCUCACCUGGACCGGAGCGCACCGAGCCGAGCUCCCUCAUGUUCCACGCAGAGCAGCGCUCCGACACGGGGGGACGGCUGCACUGAGGCCCGGCGCGGUGCGGUGCGGUCAGUCCAAAAAACGGGAGACGCACAGUUGUGGAUCAUACACUAUCUCCCGCCGUACCAGGAGACAAUCAGCAGCAGGAAGAAGCUCAAACCUCCUCCUCUUCAUCUUCUUCCCAACGUGAAGGAUUGAGAGAAAGAGAGAGAAAGAUAGAGAAAGAGAGGGAGAGAGAGAGAGAGAGAGAGAGAGAGAGAGAGAGAGAGAGAGAGAUUUGCAAGCUCCCCUUUCUUUCAUUGCAAUUGACUUGUUGGAGAAAUAAAAGGAAGAAAUAACAAGAAGAAAGAGUGCGGGGAGAGAAGAAGAAAAAGCAUAAGCUUGGAUAUUGAACGGAGCGGGGCAUGUGGAUAUUGGCUCUCAUCUUUUCCCAGUGCAUCUUGAAUGUUUUCUGUGAAGAUCUACGUUCCAGCUUAUAUUUUGUCAAUGCAUCUGUGCAAGAGGUAGUGUUUGCCAGCACCACAGGGACAUCGGUGCCCUGUCCCGCCACAGGUGUGCCCCCUGUCUCACUGCGCUGGUACCUGGCCACCGGCGAGGAGAUCUAUGAUGUGCCAGGGAUCCGCCAUGUGCACCCCAAUGGCACCCUUCAGAUCUUCCACAUACCCCCUUCCAGCUUCAGCAAACUCAUCCAUGACAACACCUACUAUUGCACAGCGGAGAACCCCUCAGGGAGAAUCAGGAGCCAAGAUGUCCACAUUAAGGCUGUCCUACGAGAGCCCUACACUGUCCGGGUGGAGGACCAGAAAGCCAUGAGAGGCAAUGUGGCGGUCUUCAAGUGCAUUAUCCCUGCCUCAGUGGAGGCCUACAUCACUGUUGUGUCCUGGGAGAAAGACACAAUGUCAAUCAACGCUGAAAUGUCACGGUUUGUCAUCACAUCCACGGGAGCCCUGUAUAUCCUGGAUGUGCAAAUGGAGGACGGGCUGUACAACUACAGGUGUAUGACACGUCAUCGGUACACAGGAGAGACCCGACAGAGCAAUAGCGCCCGCCUCAUUGUCUCAGACCCCACCAACUCAGCGCCCCACAUACUGGACAGCUUUGAGCGUCGUGAGGUGAUGGCAUCUCAUCGAGUGGAGUUGCCCUGCAAGGCCUCCGGACAUCCAGCACCCAAAUACCGCUGGCUAAAGGACAACCGGCCGCUGGAGCCCGACACACGCUUCAGACAGAGUGUGACAGGACUGCUGAUAGAGAGAGCCCAGCCCACUGACACAGGGACAUAUGUGUGUGAGGUGUGGAAUGGAUAUGGCAAUGCUGAGGUGGUUGGCAGGCUGCUGGUAAAAGAGCCCCUGAAGGUCGUGGUGAGCCCGCGUAAAGUGAAGGGCAGCGUGGGAAGUCAGGUUUCACUGUCCUGCAGUGUAACUGGCUCCGAGGAGUACCAGUUGUCCUGGUACCGCAAUGGAGAGCUCAUCUACCCAAGUAACAGCGUCCGCAUGACAGGCCAAAACAGGGAGAAUCUGGUUAUGGCUGGUAUGGCCAAGAGCGACGGAGGAGCCUAUCAGUGCUUUGCCAGGAACGGCAAGAUGUCUGCCCAGGACUUUGUUCAAGUCAUACUGGAAGAUGGCACCCCCAAGAUUCUGGCUUCAUUCAGCGAGAAGGUCUACAACAUCAAUGAGUUUGUGUCACUGUCGUGCACGGUGAAGGGCACACCGGAGCCCCGGGUAACGUGGACUCUGGAUGAUGAGCCAGUGGUACGGGACAGCCGUCACCGCAUCUCUCACUACUCCAACAGCGAGGGCCAUGUGGUCAGCCACCUCAACAUCAGCCAGACCCAGGUGCCCGACGGAGGGGUGUAUCGCUGCAUCUGCAACAACUCGGCCGGGACAGUUUCCUACCAGGCGCGAAUAAACGUAAGAGGGCCUGCCAGCAUCAGACCAAUGAAAAACCUCACUGCCAUCGCUGGCCGGGACAUGUACAUCCACUGCCGUGUCAUUGGCUACCCGUACUACUCCAUCAAGUGGUACAAGGAUUCCAAUUUGCUGCCAUACAACCACCGCCAGCGGGCCUUCGAGAACAACGGCACCCUGAAACUGUUUGAUGUGCAGAAGGAUGUGGAUGAAGGAGAAUACACAUGUAAUGUGCUGGUGCAGCCUCAGCUCUCCACACACCAGAGUGUCUAUGUUACUGUGAAAGUCCCACCUACCAUCCACCCAUUUGAGUUCCCACGGUUUUCCAUCGGCCAGCGAGUCUUCAUCCCUUGCGUGGUCAUGUCUGGCGACCAACCCGUCUUCAUCACCUGGCAGAAGGACGGUCGGCCGAUCCCAGCCAGCCUGGGCGUCACCAUAGACAACAUAGAUUUUACCAGCUCCCUGCGUAUCUCCAACCUCACACUGAUGCACAACGGCAACUACACCUGCAUCGCACGCAACCAAGCUGCCGCCGUAGAGCACCAGAGCCAGCUCAUCGUCCGAGUUCCUCCCAAAUUUGUAGUGCAACCUAAGGACCAGGAUGGCAUCUAUGGAAAGGCAGUGAUACUAAACUGCUCAGCUGAAGGCUAUCCUGUUCCUACAAUCCAGUGGGAGUACUCUAAAGGUGCCGGGGUCCCUCAGUUCAAACCCAUCGCCCUCAACUCAGGCUUUCGGAUCGAGGUGUUGGUCAAUGGCUCUCUGUUCAUCAAGCAUGUGCUGGAAGAAGACAGUGGCUUCUACCUGUGUAGAGUCAGCAAUGACGUUGGAGCUGAUGUCAGCAAAUCCAUGUAUCUCAAUGUCAAAAUCCCUGCCAUGAUCACGUCAUACCCCAACACCACGCUGGCCACACAGGGUGAAGAGAAGAAGAUGAGCUGCACGGCCCACGGUGAGAAACCCAUCAUGGUACGGUGGGAGAAGGAGGAACGCAUCAUCAACCCCGAGACCAGCCGCUACGUGGUUUCUGUCAAGGAGGUGGGCGAUGAAGUCAUCUCCACCCUGCAGAUCAUGCCCACAGUGAGGGAGGACUCCGGCUUCUUCUCCUGCCAUGCCAUCAACUCUUUUGGUGAAGACAGAGGAAUCAUACAGCUCACAGUGCAAGAGCCCCCAGACCCCCCAGAGGUGGAGAUCAGAGAAGUGAAGGACAGAACCAUUGCACUGCGUUGGACUAUGGGUUUUGAUGGCAAUAGCCCAAUCACAGGCUUCGAUAUUGAGAGCAAGAACAAAUCAGCCUCCUGGGAUACCGCUCAGAAGACCAAAGAUGUCUCACCUCAGCUCAACCAGGCCACCAUCAUCGACCUGCACCCUUCCUCUACCUACAACAUUCGCAUGUUCGCCAAGAACCUGAUCGGCAAGAGUGAGGCCAGCAACGAGCUCACCAUCACCACCGAUGAAGCAGCUCCUGAUGGACCACCUCAAGACGUGCAGCUGGAAGCCCUCUCCUCUCAGAGCAUUCGAGUCAGUUGGCGAGCACCCAGGAAGCACCUCCAGAAUGGAGCCAUCAGAGGCUACCAGGUGGGCUACAGGGAGUACAGCUCUGGUGGAAACUACCAGUUCAGUGUGAUCAGCGUGGAGACCACAGGGGACAAUGCAGAAAGCCUGGUGCUGGACAACCUGAAGAAGUUCACCCAAUAUGGAGUUGUUGUACAAGCCAGCAACAGUGCUGGGACGGGGCCUUCUUCCACAGAGGUGGCUGCUACCACACUGGAGGACGUGCCCAGUCGACCUCCAGAGAACGUCCAGGCCACUGCCACAUCUCCAGAGGUCAUCUCUCUCUCCUGGCUGACCCCUCCCAAAGAUGCUCUGAAUGGCAACCUGCUGGGUUUUAGGGUCAUCUACUGGGCCAACCUGCCUGAUGGAGAGCUCGGAGAGAUCAGGAACGUGACCACCUCUAAGCCCUCUUUGGAGCUGGAUGGACUGGAGAAGUACACCAACUACAGCAUCCAGGUGUUGGCCUUCACCAGAGCUGGAGACGGCGUUCGCAGUGAACAGAUUUACACCCGCACCAAGGAAGACGUUCCUGGUCCUCCGGCGGGUGUGAAGGCAGCAGCUGCGUCAAACUCUGUGGUGUUUGUGUCCUGGCUUCCUCCUCUCAAAGUGAAUGGCAUCAUCAGGAAAUACACCGUUUUCUGCUCCAACCCACACCCCACGGUCAGCAGCGAGUUUGAGGCGGCCCCAGAUGUUUUCUUCUAUCGCAUCCCCAACCUGAGCAGGAACCGUCAGUACAGUAUCUGGGUGGUGGCCGUCACCGCUGCAGGCCAUGGAAACGCCAGUGAAAUCAUCACUGUCAAACCCAUGGCUGAGGCUCCGUCUCGGAUCCUAACCUUCAACCGGACAGUAACGACCCCCUGGAUGAGGGACAUUGUGCUGCCUUGUAAAGCAGUGGGUGAUCCAUCACCAACCAUCAAGUGGCUGAAGGAGAUCAAUGGAACCCCGGCACCUGUUGUAAUUGACAGCCGGCGCAGCGUCCACGGUAAUGGCAGCCUUGUUAUCCGCACAGUGAAAGCAGAGGAUUCUGGGAACUACACUUGUGUGGCCAGUAACAGCUUUGGGUCUGACAAGAUCGUCCUCAAUCUGCAGGUUCAAGUUCCACCUGACCAGCCUCGCCUCACAGUGACCAAGACAACCACCACCUCUAUAACCCUCUCCUGGAUCCCCGGGGACAACGGAGGCAGCUCCAUAAGAGGCUACAUUCUGCAGUACUCGGAGGAUAACAGCGAGCAGUGGGGUAACUUUGCCAUCAGUCCAAGUGAGCGCUCCUAUCGGCUAGAGAACCUCAAGUGUGGCACCUGGUACAAGUUUACACUCACAGCCCAGAAUGCCGUGGGGCCAGGACGCAUUAGUGAGAUAAUUGAAGCAAAGACCCAUGGGAAAGAACCUCAGUACUCCAAAGAACAGGAGCUCUUCACUAGCAUCAACGCCACUCGGGUCAAGCUAAACCUGAAUGGCUGGAAUAACGGCGGAUGCCCCAUCACCUCCUUCACUUUGGAGUAUCGGCCCGUAGAUUCGCCCACGUGGACCACGGCACAGCGCACCUCCCUCACCAAGAGCUACAUCCUGUACGACCUGCAGGAGGCCACGUGGUACGAGCUGCAGAUGAAAGUCUACAACAGCGCCGGCUACGCUGAGAAGAGAGUCAAGUUUGCAACACUCAGCUAUGAUGGCAGUACAAUCGCACCUUUGGUGAAGGCACCCAAUGUCAGUGAGGAAAACUCUGGCGGUGGUGAAGGUUUGAAGAUGAUGGUGACUAUUUCCUGCGUGUUGGUGGGAAUCGUCGUAAUCUUCAUUGGGCUGCUGGUACUAAGGAGGAGGAGGAGGGAGCAGAGGCUCAAGAGGCUCCGAGAUGCAAAAAGUUUGGCUGAGAUGCUCAUGAGUAAAAACACACGUCCAGCAGAGCCAAUUAACAAACAGCAACAGACGCUCCGCAUGCACAUUGACAUCCCCAGAGCCCAGCUCCUGAUCGAGGAGAGAGACACCAUGGAGACUGUUGACGACAGGUCCACUGUGUUACUGACUGAUAACGACUUUGGGGAGACCCAGAAACAGAAGUCCUCCACAGUCACCCACACAGUCCACUACCAGUCCCUUUCCCAGGCCACCGGUCCUCUGGUAGAUGUGUCUGAUGCCAGACCAGGAACCAGUAAGUCCAACCCUACAGCCCGCCGCACAGCCAAAGCCGGCCCAGCUGCUCGCAACCGCUACGCCAGCCAGUGGACCCUAAACCGCCCGCACCCCCCUGUCUCCUCCCACACUCUCAGCACUGACUGGAGGCUGCCCACACCCAGAGUCGCAGGCUCUGUUGACAAGGAAAGUGACAGCUACAGCGUCAGCCCAUCUCAGGACACAGACCGAGCGCGGAGCAGUAUGGUGUCAACAGAGAGCGCCUCCUCCACCUACGAGGAGCUUGCCAGGGCCUACGAGCAUGCCAAGAUGGAGGAGCAGCUGCGCCACGCUAAAUUCACCAUCACCGAAUGCUUCAUCUCUGACACUUCUUCAGAGCAGAUGACGGCAGGCACCAAUGACUACACUGACAGCCUGACCUCCAGCACACCGUCCGAAUCAGGCAUCUGCCGCUUCACUGCUUCCCCGCCCAAGCCUCAGGACGUCAGCCGGGUCAUGAACAUGGCCGUGCCCAAAGCCCACAGACCGGGGGGCGAGUUGGUUCACCUUCCUCCAUACCUGCGCAUGGACUUCCUGUUAAACCGAGGCAUGUCCUGCUCGGGCUCAUCCAGGGGGACAGCUAGUGGGGAGAGAGCGGCCAUGGGCCAGGCCUGUCUGGAGCCCCAGAAGAGUCGCUCACUGAAGCGGCCCUCUCGCAUGGCGCCCCCGACGCCCACAGAGGCCCCUCAGGCCAGCAGGGACCCAGUGGCCCAGUGGCAACCUGGCUCUGCAGCCACACUCCCACACAGAGAGGGCUCAGAGCUGGCCCAGGCCGCCAAGCUCAGCACCUCCCAGGAGUCCCUGCUGGACUCGCGAGGACAUCUCAAACAGAGCAGCAACCCCUACGCAAAGUCCUACACGCUGGUAUAACAGCGGGGGCACCUAGGGCGGGACUAGAACUCACUCUAACACUGGACUUAACACUCAAGUGCAGUAAACUGACUUUCACCACGCAGUUCUGUAUAUAUGUCCCCCCCUCCAAGGGCGGGGUCACUUUUACUAAUCUCCUUUUAUUUAUUUUAGAGCUUUCUUUUAUCUCUUGUUUGUAUUUUUAUUUUAUUAUUUUUUUUUCUUUGUUUCACUUGAGAAAAAAUUCACUCAUCGGAAACGACUCCAGCCGGAGCUUUGCCAAACUAAUUGAGUAACGAGGGAGCAUUAUUUAUUCUUGAUUAUUGUUAAUUCUUUAUAAUUAAUCAGUGAUUAUUAAUUGUUAGUUGUCAGCUAUUAAUGAUCAUUAAUUAUUGAUUACCAAAUGAUCUAUUAUCACCAUUACUACAAUGUUUUCAUAAGAACCCGGACAUCUUUUUGUUUUUCUGGAGUGGAAGAUGACCAUUUGGAGUCAUUUUUUUCCUAUGGAAUAUCCUUCUGAAACACUGAAUGAAACUUGGGAGAAAUCUUGGAAUGAAAGCAAUUGACACCAGUCCAAACUUUUCAGCUGCUCUCAAAUUGUUACUUUUUUUGAAGAAAAAAAAAAUCUAUUUCCUAUGGAUGCAUGGGGACUGACCAAUUAAAAGACAAUGAGGAUUACGAUCGUGGCUGGACAGCCCAGUCGAGCAUUUUGUCACACUAUGAAAUGAUCCAAUGUGAAGAUUUAUUAUUCUUAUUACUAUAAAUAUAUAUAUAAAAAGAGAAAUCACUUUUAUUUGUGGAUAUUACAGGGAAGAAUUGAUUUGGUUAAUAAAGUCCUUAGUCAUGUUUGCACAUAUCUCGUUUUAAUUAGGAAAUGGAGUCUCUGUUGAUCUUUCUCUGUGUCCCAUUCUCUGAUGGUGCAAUAUGAAAAAAGAUAUGAAAAGUAUAUGAAAACUAUUGCUCUAUACUGUACUGUAAUGAUGAAAAAUAACUAUGUUGUGAGUAUACUUACAGGGCCGGACACUCUCCAGCUAUGUAUUCAGGUGUAGUUUACCACUGCUUGUUUGCCAGGGUGGUAAAUGAUGUUAGCUAGAAUAGGGAGGGUUUAGAGAACUAAUGGUUUGCACUUCACAACACCCCGACUCAAGUGUCUCCAGAUAGAUCCCCCUACUCUCAGUGCACUAGGUAGAGUCUUCAGGGCUCUCACUCUCCUCAGUAGAUUUACUGUUGCUGCAUUGCAGCGAUGCUCCUCUACAGGGAAAAAAAAACGUGAGACAAUCCAGCAGAAUCCCCCCUUCAAACCAAACCUAUAAUGUCUAUGGGAAAUAUCUAAAAAAAAAAUGUGGAUAUACGUAAGAAGCUGUUUUUUGUUCCUGUCUACCCUGGCCCAUUUCUGUUCUUUCUGUUUCUUUGAGUUAGCCUGAAGGGAGAAGAGUUUGAUCCAAAAUGCUGUGAGGUCAUUAUGUCAGUUUCUAUGAUUAGUUUCUAUGAUUAACUGUCUUCAUUAUGAUUAUACAUUUUAACAAAAAAAAAUGUCACUUUUUAUUUUUAACAUGAGUGUUCACCGUGGUGGCACUGGAAUAAAGAGAAACUAACACAAAGUUCAAAUUUGAUUAAUAAAAUGGCUGUUCCCCAAA